UAUAUAUAUAUAUAUAUGGCUUCUUUCAUGCCUUUUACUAACAAGAAUCUAGACAUAUUUAUGUGUGUUUUGAGGCCAACAAUCGCCAUUGUUGAUGAUCUUGUGGAUAGUUUAAAAAACUUCUCUUUGUUUACGGAAAGACUUGGUUGCAUUCAUUCCUCCAUCUUCAAAAGCAUCCAUGGCAAUAUGAUUGUAUGGUAUGGAGCAUGGAUCAAGAGGUCUAACGAAGACAAAGAAUUACUCCAACAAGUACUUCUUUCAGGAUUGACUAAUCUACAAAACAUGGCCGUCCUACUCGAAUAUGACUUCAUGGCCGCCUAUGGUGGGGAGGCAAAGGACGGUCCCCCAGCCGCUAAGUUCUCAACAGGCGACACCAUCAGUUUUAGCUCGACGCAUCUCUUGCAGUCUAACACCAAAAUAAACGAGCAAGACUUUUUGUACUCAUGCUUCUCCGUAUUUAGAUCUUACUUCCUUAAGAUGAAUGGUACCAUUUCCGGAGUUUGCUUAAAGUGUGAGAACUGUCCGGUUGUCGUCAAUUUCUAUGUGUGGAAGAAUUUGCAGUCGUGUUACUCGUUUGUACUAAAAAACGAUCAACGUGAAGAGCUUCAAAACUACUUUGGAGGUGCUAAGGUUUUCAUGAAAUAUGAUGUGUAUAAAGUUGUCUAUGUAAGUGCAGACGAUGUAUCGAGCUAUCAAUACUUCCCUCCUCAUAAGUUGUUGGAAAACCAUGUAUCAUCAUCAUCAUCCGAGGUUAACUUGGAGGAUUUAAAGUAAUUAAUUCGAAUAUACUAAUUAUAAAUUAUGUAA